UCACUGACUGACUUGAAGAGACUUCCAGCAAACUCUGAUCAAAACCUGACUUCACACAACCUCCAGACUCAUUAGUGGGACUGGUUGAGUCUUCAGGAGGUUCCUGAAGCAGAUCUGAAGAGAUCAGAAACCCUGCCGGGUCAGAUUUCCUCAAGACUGAAGAGCAGUCGGUCACUUAGAGGGAAAAAAAAAAAGUCUCAUCGUCAAACACCGGAGGACAUUGAACUCCACCACAGAGAUGCAGGAGAAACACGUCUUCAGCCACAGGAAAGCAGCAGUAGCACUGUGCAUGGUGCUGUUAAUGCUGGCUCAGCAGGUGUGUGCAGGUCCGCUGGCCUCUCAGGUGCAGUCCAGGUCUGACCAGAGGGCAGAUUCAAGGGGGGAACACGCCGUCCACACACUGAGGAGGAUAGCUCGCAUGACCCCACUGUGGAGAAUCAUGAACAGUAAACCAUUCGGAGCUUACUGCCAAAACAACUACGAGUGCUCCACAGGACUCUGCAGGGCGGGACACUGCUCCACCAGCCAGCGUUCCCCCACAGAACCCGUCAACUACUAGACGUCCUCUGACACAACCAGCGUGUUUACAUGAGCGUAUAGCCAUAAACAUCGUUAUGAGGGGUUCUGAUGACUGGGACAUGAACUUAUCCAGCCAUUAUUUUUUUAAUCUGAGUUUUGUAUUUAUAUGGGCCAAUUUGUUUCUGAUGAUAUAUUCUGACAAGGGGGGUUUUCACUGCUCCACCUGAGACAUUUUAAAAGGCAAAAAUGAGGAAUAUCACUUAAAUUAAGCUAAGAGGAGGUGGACUGAGGCAGUGGGGUAAAACGCAAAAAUGUAAGAGGAGAGUCAUUUAGCCUUUGUACUUGAUAUUUGAGCAGUGAGAAAGGUUUUAAACAUGAGUGCAAACAACUAAAAACGCUUGUAUUUCUACUCCUGUGGACCAAAAUCUUUCAGCCCUGAUCUCAAAGCUCAGAGCUGUGAUUCAGAAUGAAAACAAAAGAAUCUCAGAGGCUCUGUUCUGCCAGUUACCACAGCCUUCAACUGUCCUCCAGAAAUACAGUGGAGUCUGAUGUCUGCGCGACUCGGCUUGUUUUAAAAACUGUUAUUAACACAAUUUAAAACAAAGCUGUCUCCAGAAAUCUAAUUUCUACAUCUUCGUGACUGAACUGGAUAUAACUGGUCCCUUCAUGACAAAUAUUUUCUUUUAUUUUUAGGCAAUGAGAGUCUGUAUUGUUGUGGUGUGCCUCUCAGAAGCUCCUGACCUUUACAUUUUUCCAGAUAUUGUCAUAACUGUCUUGUGUUGUGCUCGAUAGGUUAUCACUCAGCUGUGUGCUGUGAAAGUCUUGCCAUUGCACUGAUAACGAGCUGAAUGGAAACACAUACUCUUCCCUUUUUACCAAGAGGAGUCGUUUGGUUCAGUUUGCUGAGGUACUGUCGGAGAGAUGCGAUAUUGGCUGCUCUUACACUUGUAUCAACAUCUAUUGGUAAAAAGCAGAAACACCAACAAUGUUGUAAAGACCAAUAUUUUCAGAAAUGAGUCACAGAUCAAACUGAAAACUGAGAUCAGUUUGAGAACAAGCAAAUGAUGUGGCGCUGACUUUUAGCCUUUGAACACACUUGCAGUUGGGGCCUGCAGAGCACACAGUGUGUUUUGACGUCCAGAACUUUCAGUAAUGCCUGAGUCACUGGUAUUAAUCAUCGAGCUUUACAAAAUCUCAACAGACACCGUAAAAAAAAUAUACUUGACAUCUGAUGGGAUUGCAGUCGACUGUCAGAGGCACAAAGGGUUUAAGAGGAAAAAGAAAGUAGGAAAAAAGGCGUAAAAGAAAAUGGUCCUGUGGUAAAAGCAGAGAAAAGAGAAGGAGCAGAGGUUACAUAGAAGCAAUGCUUGAGCACCCUUCACAUUCUAACAUCUUCAAUUUUUUAUUUUAGUUUUAUGCUAGUAAAAGUUAUAUUUAAAGUUUGUUAAGACACAAAUUCCUCAGCCGAGUACAGAAUAACUGAACUACAAACACAUGAAACACAAACAUUAUUCACAAUAUCUGAAAUGCAUGCAAAUUGAUUUUGUGUAAUCCAAUGAUUCUCUGGUCUUUUAUUUAUUUUACCCUUUUUUUAAAUGUUAAAAAUGUACCCACUUACAUUCUUUUCUGAAGUAUUUUGUAAAAAUCUGAAUUUGUUCAUCAUAUUUCAGUGGCUUGUUUUAGUAAAAUCAAUCAUCUGUC